GCCCGCACACAGAGGCUGGCUCCCAGGAUUACUUCUCUCUCUCCAGGCAUCAGAUGCUGUGUGACGUGGAUCAGGUGACCGCUGUGCGUCUGAUCCUUCGCCAGCCCUCACCCGUUUGGCUGCACUUCACCCUGGAGGAGCUGCAGCUCUACCCCCGGGUUCAGCAGAGCCUGCAGACAGACUUCCCCUCCUGGCUGUCCCACCUGGCCCCCCAGCAGCAGCCAGCAAAUCUACACAGGGGUGUCCCCGACCCAGAGAAGGUGUCUACAGAAGUCCAGCGCCUGUGGGUACUGACGGAGAUGAUCCGCGCCAACCAGACAGCAGCCCGGAUUGGGCGCUUUGACGUAGAUGGCUGCUACGACAUCAAUCUGCUCUCCUACACCUGAGCGCAGCUCGCACUGGCCGCCUCCCUGCCCAGACAAAGGCGUCUGCGCUCCCUCAGCCUCCUCCACGGCAUCUCCCAGGCUUCUGCACACCCUGCUGUUUGCCAGCCUGCUUCUCCCUGCAGCGUUCUCCUCUCCCGGCACUGCACAGGUGCCCUGUUCCGAGCCAGCGGCUGUGUCUCCGCCUUCUGAUGCCUGCGCUCUGUGGCCGGCUGUUCGGCGCAGGCCCCUGCCGGGAAGAACCGAUGAAUCCUGCUGCCGGUGGGACCUGGGGUGUGCAAAGCCAAGUGAUGUGCCGGGCUCAGGGAACGCAGUUACUGCCCUGGGGCCAUGCCCCUCUGGACCUGAGCUUGCCCAGUGCAGACGUUCCCUGGUCACAAGUACCACCCCUGUGGCUGUGCAGUAGGAGCUGCUGUGGCAGUGCUUGUUCUCCCUGUUCUGGGAUACAGGGCAGGGGCCUUGCCGCCUUCCCUCCCUGGGAGAGGGGCAGCAGGGGGAGGGGGGAGGAAGGACUUGGGUGGAGCCUUCCUGGCUGGGGGCUGUGAUGAGGCUGCAAGGCUUGGCACCUGGGGGCAGGAGAGCUACCUGCUGGCUCCUGGGGGGGCUCAGCCCCAAUGGCAAUUGAGGAUGCUACCCUCAUAGUCAGUUCAGCCACCCCAUUGCUCCCCACAAGGGUCCCCAGGCAUCUCCCAGCCCCCGCUGACCUAACUCAACCACCUCUGAAGAUGGUGACUUGGGCCCCAGCCCCUCCCUGGCCCCAGGCUGCCUAGCUCAGGUGCAUGGAAGAGAUUCAAACUCUUGCUGUCCUGGAGCCCCGUUCCUCAGCUGCUGGGGGGUUUUGCCCAGGCCUGCUCCCUACUCCCGGGGUAAUGCUGCUCUGGGACCCUGCCCCCUCUGCAGAAAAGCAGGUGAUGGGGUGUGUCUGGGCCCCCCACAGCUGCCAAGCCUGGCUUUGUGCCAUUAACUGCUGGGAGGUGUCUUGGGCAGUUUGGGUACUGGUGGGACUGGCUCUGUCCCUGGGAUUAAGGGCAGGGCCCAUUUCCCUUGCCCGUGAGCUAGGCCUGGGCA